CAUUUCAAGCACGGAGGACGAUUAUUAUACAGCGUUUCGAAGCAGAAGACGAAGAAGAAUUGCUUUGUCGCGGAAGAGGGCCUAGUGUUUCCCGCCUGCAAACACCGACGCCGUGAACAAGAGAUGGCGAAGGAUUACUACAAGGUGCUCGGCCUCCGCCAGGGCGCCAGCGAGGACAGCAUCAAGAAAGCUUACAGAAAACUCGCGCUCCAGUACCACCCCGACAAGAACAAGUCGCCGGACGCUGAAGAUAAGUUCAAGGAGAUCGGUGAGGCUUAUGAGAUUGUCAGCGGGAAGAAGCAGGUCGGCGACUGGCGAGGCUGGCAUUUCCACAGGAGCAACAGCGAAAACAGCGGACCCUUUUGGCCAGGUGACGCCUAUGCUAGCCACGGCUACGCAUAUAGCAGGAACUUCUCGUGGAACUUCUGCGCCGACAGCUCCUGCCAGUGGACCUUUCGGGCCAGCUACAGCUUUCAGCAAAGCUCCAGUCAAGGUAGCUUAUUUCGACGGUUUUACAGUUCUUUCAGCCGUACACAGACGUAUCAGAGUUCUGGAAGCGUGCACUACCAAGGCACGACGCAUCCCAUGCAAGCGGGUUCAGGCGCACGUCAUUUCGAACAAGAUACGCAUGGCGGCCCACAUGCUUCCAACUCGCGGCGGUCGGUGAGGUGCGGUAGUGACAGCUCGACAAGCCAAACCCCGAAGAGGCACAGCACACCUGUUGAACGAGAUCUGUACCUGACUCUGGAAGAAGUUCUACAGGGCUGCAACAAGAAGAUAAAAACGACCUGGCUCGUGGGGAGCGUAGACGCCAGAAAUUCAAGGGUCGAAGAGAGGCUACUGAAGGUGAGCGUGAAGCCUGGUUUGCCGGAGGGAUCGAAGGUGGCGUUCUCGUGCGAAGGCGGCGAUUCGCAGCAAAACACCCCCGGGAACGUCGUGUUUGUCAUCCGCUACAAGCCUCAUCCAUUUUUUAAGAGAGAAGGGGUCGACAUUUAUUACGUUGCGAAGGUCACGAUCGGGCAGACUCACUGGGGGGCGAACAUAGAGGUUCCAACGCUGACUGCAAGCAAGAUCUCGCUACCGCUAAAAGGAGUCAUUCGGUCUGGUGCCAUCAGACGCAUUCACGGCCAUGGCUUGCCUGAUUGUGAAGAUCCAACGAAGCGGGGAGACCUUGUUGUCAUAUUCGACGUACGGUUCCCGUUUGCCUGAAAUCUGACAUCCAAUGCCGGUAGAAGAUCAAACAGGCGCAGCGAUGGCAAAAUCGAUGAAAUCUGCAAGUCACGCGCCACCGGCAACAAAAAAGAGAGUGAAAUAAAUUUCUUUGUGUUUCAAGAAUUCCUUGUACCAUGUUGGUUCUCAACAUCGUAUUA